UUCCAUUAUGUUCUAAAGACUGUUCUAAAGACUAAAUUGUAGGAUAGGCUACUGUAGGCUAUUUGUACAGUGGGACUUGAAAGUGAAAGCAAGUGGCGCUGUAGCCAGUGUGUAGCCAACUACAGUCUAUUGCGGAAGAGAGGGUGUUAACGAUGGGACACAUUUCAGCGCACUAUAGAUCGCUAGGGACAAGGCGUGUUUGUGGUAUAAUGCGGGUGUGUUUCAGGUUGGAUUUAUAAAAGGGGUUGCCCGACAGAGAGUAAUUGUCAGUCGUUUUAUUAUUAUUCGGUUUUUAAUUUAGUGAUUGAACGCUGUGUCAGUGACAGAAUUUCCACGGUUCCACCCGGGACAUCAAUCUUGUGCUCGCGGGCUCUCCAAAACAUUGGUCCAGGCAGACUGCCUAUUCCGGUUCUUGUGAUUUUCAGAGGAAAGACGAUCAUCCAGGGACAUUGAGAUUGAGCUCCAGUGAGGUUCCAGUGUGACCACCCAGCCCCAGACCACGUUGACGCCUCCCUCCUUCCAUUUUACUCCGGCGUUCACCCCGAAUACCUGCUUCCAGUGAUGGCUAUGAGUACCGACCCGGGCUGCAGGAGGGACGACCCUGACUCAAUGACCCCUGACCCCGGUAACCUCACUGCCGUGAUGGCUGCCGUCACCAUGAAGUCCACCGAGACGGACGUCUCACCGGCCAAUGGCGUGAGGAACGGGGUUCAGCAGGGCGGAGCUAAGAGUGGCCCUCCUCCGCGAGCACACCUCUCAGGGAGGAAGCUGUCGUUACAGGAGCGGGGGGCGUACCCGUCAGGGGGGGCUCACGUCUCCCCCCGUGUGGCACGCAGACCCACCGUGGAGUCCAAGCAGGUCUCCAUCUCAGAUGCAGAGGACUGUGUCCAGCUGAACCAGUACAAGCUGAAGAAUGAGAUUGGAAAGGGCUCCUACGGGGUGGUCAAACUGGUCUACAAUGACAAUGACGACAAACACUAUGCCAUGAAGGUGGUGUCCAAGAAGAAGCUGAUGAAGCAGUAUGGAUUCCCACGUCGCCCCCCUCCCAGAGGACCCAAGGCUGCGGUCCAGGGGGAGCUGCCCAAAGUCCUAGGCCCCCUGGAGAGGGUGUACCAGGAGAUCGCCAUCCUGAAGAAGCUGGACCAUCUCAACAUAGUCAAACUGGUGGAGGUGUUGGAUGAUCCUGCAGAGGACAACCUCCACAUGGUGUUUGAUUUGAUGCCAAAGGGUCCAGUGAUGGAGGUCCCCACAGACAGCCCCUUCACUGAGGAGCAGACACGCCUAUACUUCAGAGACAUCGUCUUGGGCAUGGAGUACUUGCACUACCAGAAGAUAGUCCACCGGGACAUCAAGCCUUCUAACCUGCUGCUGGGGGAUGACAGUCAUGUGAAAAUUGCUGACUUUGGGGUCAGUAACCAGUUUGAGGGCAACGAUGCCCUGCUCUCCUCUACGGCUGGGACUCCUGCCUUCAUGGCUCCAGAGACCCUGUCAGACAUCCGCCAGAGCUUCAGUGGCAAGGCAUUGGACGUAUGGGCCAUGGGAGUGACCCUCUACUGCUUUGUGUUUGGGAAGUGUCCGUUCAUUGAUGAAUACAUCCUGGUUCUACACAAUAAGAUCAGGACUAAAUGUGUAGAGUUCCCAGAGUUGCCAGAGAUUAGUGAAGAGCUGAGGACUCUGAUCCUAAGAAUGUUGGACAAGAACCCAGACACCAGGAUCACCAUACCUGAGAUCAAGUUGGACCCGUGGGUGACCCAGUCUGGUCGUGACCCCCUACCUCUAGAGGAGGAGCACUGUACCGUGGUGGAGGUCACUGAGGAGGAGGUGCAGAACUCGGUCAAGUUUGUCCCCAGCCUUUCCGCCGUGAUCCUGGUGAAGGCCAUGCUGCGGAAGAAGUCCUUCAGUAACCCCUUUGAGUGUCCCAGAAGUAGAGAGGAGAGGUCCAUGUCUGCACCUGGCAACCUGUUAAUGGAUGUGUGGCCGUUCCGCCACUCUUUAAAACUCCACCCCUCUCUAAGGAAGGGCAGCAGUGGAGAGGGAAGUAGGGAGGGAGAGCUAGAAGACCUGCAUGAAGAUGAACCCUCUUCUCCAGUCAGCCCAGCCCAGAUCAGCUCCACACAGGCCUCUGAGCCACCUCCUCCCCUUUAAGAACUAUAUGCCCUUCCCCUUUAAACCCCCAUCUGUACAUUGCCUCUGUCCCUUUAAAUCUAUAAUGCACUCCACUCUCAUAUUCCUGUCCCUCCCCUUCAUCCUUCCCUGACCUCACUUCACUUCACCUCACCUCACCUCACCUCACUCCGUCAUCGUGUGUAAUCACCCAAAUAAACACAGAGAACUCAAACAGCACUGGAGACAACACACUGGAGACAACACACUGGAGACAACACACUGGACUACCACCAGUUAGAUUGUUCGCUGGUGUACUCAAGACUACUGCAAUCUCUACUGUCUGUCUGUCUGUCUGUCUGUCUGCAGGCAUGAUGUCACUGAAAAGAAGAGGACUUGCAUUUUGUUUGUCAUGUUUCGAUGUCACUUUACCUACACAAUGCAUGAUGAACGUCAUCGCCGUUCCGAGACUGUCUUAAGGCACCC